AUGAUGGAGAUUACAUUAAACGCAGCUGAAGAACAAGGUCAAACAGAAUGUCCAAUCUGUCAAAAUUUUCUUAGUGAUUAUGCAGAUGAUCGUAUUGUAACGACAACUUGUAUGGGUGAAAACGACUCUCCCAACGACCACUACAAACACUUCUACCAUCAGAAAUGUAUAGUAGGUUGGUUUCACACUGGCCCAAUUGGAGCCAAUAAAACAUGUCCAACUUGUCGUUCUGAACUGAAACUUACUUUCGCUAAAGAUGCUGCUAAGAUAAAUGAGAAGUUGAAUAAAAUAGGUUGGGGUUUUGAGUAUGAAUAUAUUGAGAGGGAAGAUUAG